AGAAAUGGAAAAUUCGAAAGAAAACUUAAACAAACCGAACGAAAUGGCCGUCGACAAGGAAUUGGAGGCUAUCGACGAGGAGCUAAAAGCUCUCGUUGAUAGCCAGAUGGAUCUGGGGCCUCUAUUCGGCGAGGAAGACCUGAAUAAUAUUGGCAACAAUAAUCCGUUGCAAUCAGGGCGGAAUUCUCGCGCGAGCUCGGAUCGGAACAACAUAAAUGAUGAAAGCAACAAACCGCCGAACCCAGGUCAGAGUUCCCAUCCAAACUCGGAUCGAAACAACAGGAAUAAUUCGCCGCAACCAGGAGGAAGUCGCCGGUUUUCUCAUGUUGAUGAAAUCAAAAUACAAAAAAAAUGGCGCCGCGGAAAUAGGGCCGGACGUCGCAUCCAGGAAUUAAAAAAAUUGAGAUGCGAAGUGGAGAUGAUACUCCAAGCGUCCGACCUCCGAUACGGAUGUCGGCGAGAUUGGUGGGGCAACGCCCGAAUGAGCGGUCACGGAAGGAGAGGAGGUCGAGGCCGAGAAAAUAACGGUGGAAGAAGACAAGGAAAUGACGAUGAAAGAGGACGAAGAAAUGACGGUGGAAGAGGACGAGGAGAUGAUGGUGAAAGAGAACGAGAAGAUGACGGUAGAGAAAGACGCGGAGAUUACGGUGGAAGAGGACGAAGAGAUGAUGGUGUAAGAGGACGAGGAGAUGACGGUGGAAGAGGACGAGUAGAUGACGGUGAAAGAGGACGAGGAGAUGACGGUGGAAGAGGACGAGGAGAUGACGGUGGAAGAGGACGAAGAGAUGACGGUGGAAGAGGACGGGGAGAUGACGGUGAAAGAGGACGAGGAGAUGAUGGUGGAAGAGGACGAGGAGAUGACGGUAGAGGAGGUCGAGGAGAUGAUAGUAGAGGAGGACAAAGAGACCACGGUGGAAGAGGACGAGGAGAUGACGGUGGAAGAGGACGAGUAGAUGAUGGUGAAAGAGGACGAGGAGAUGACGGUGGAAGAGGACGAGGAGAUGACGGUGGAAGAGGACGAGGAGAUGACGGUGGAAGAGGACGAGGAGAUGACGGUGGAAGAGGACGAGGAGAUGACGAUGGAAGAGGACCAAGAGAUGACGGUGAAAGAGGACGAGGAAAAUAAGAAAAAGAAUCUUUAUAAAAACACAUUAUCAAUUAAACAAAACUUUAUUAAAAAAAGAAAAUUAUUGUUACAUUUAUUAUCUCAAAUAUUGAACACAAUAAAAUACUCUUGAAAAUAAAAAACUUUGAAACAUUGA